GCCAAGCCACAGAGGAGGCGUUCGAUGAGGACGAGAGUACCUGUUAUACCCGGAAAAUGAGGAAUUAUUUACAAAAUGUCCUUCGUGUUCUUUGUGUCAUUCUCGUGCAACCAAUAGCACACGUCCAUGCCAAAUCACCACAUAUACUGUUUAUAGUGGCAGACGACUUCGGUUGGAAUGAUGUGGGAUUUCGUAAUAAAGACAUAUACACCCCAAACAUUGACACAUUGGCGAAGGAGGGAGUCAUACUGGAUCAGGCAUAUGUACAGCCUGUGUGUUCACCAUCCCGAAGCGCUUUUAUGACAGGGAUGUAUCCUUUUAAAUCAGGACUACAGCAUUUCGUGAUAUGGCCUAACCAAAAGGUGUGUUCACCAACAAAUUUCACAUUCCUGCCACAACACCUCAAGAAGCUUGGAUAUGCAACACAUAUGAUAGGAAAGUGGCACCUUGGGUUCUGUAAAUGGCAAUGUACGCCUACCUACCGUGGAUUUGACUCUUUCUAUGGCUAUUACACCGGAGAAGAGGAUUAUUACAAAAAGUCAAACCCCUAUCAAGGAAAGCUGGGCUUCGACUUCAGGAACAAUAUGGAGACUGACAAAGGAGGGAACGGUACUUACUCAACGUUUCAGUAUACUGCUCGAGCGUUGGAAUUGAUUAGCCAGCACAAUAAGAGUCAGCCAUUUUUUCUGUAUAUGCCUUUGCAAUCCGUCCACAUCCCUAUCCAGGUUCCCAUUGAGUAUGAGAAUAUGUACAAACAUAUUCAUAAUGAAGGCAGAAGAAAGUUUUCUGGAAUGGUAACAGCGAUGGAUGACGUCAUCGGUAACGUGACACAAGCUCUGAAGGCGCAUGGCAUGUACGACGAUACACUGAUUAUGUUUACAUCAGACAAUGGCGGCUGGCCAGCCGAGUUUGGAAACAACUUUCCACUAAGGGGUUCUAAGAUAACACUAUACGAGGGAGGUACCAGGGUGACGGCCUUCGUACACGGAGCUGGUCUUAAGAAAACAAAAUACACGUAUAGUGGGAUGAUUCACGCCAUUGAUUGGAACCCAACUAUUGUAGCGGCUGCUGGCGGAGUACCCGACACAAACAUUGACGGUAUAAACCAGUGGGACAAUAUCCGGACGAAUGGUCAGUCCGGCCGGACAGAGUUCGUCUACAACCUGGACGAUCUGGCUCCGUAUGAAGCAGGCCAUGCAGCUAUUCGUGUGGGAGAUUACAAGCUGAUAGUCGGCUACCCCGGUUUGUACCCAGGCUGGUACCCUCCUCCCACAUACACACGUGAUAACUACAUCAAGGAGAUACCUUACGAUGGCAGCCAGGAUAACACAACACAGCUGUUUAAUCUGAAAGAUGACCCAAACGAAUAUAUCGAUCUGUCUAAAACGCUGCCAGAUGUUGUGGGAAAACUGCGGAAGAGGAUGGCAGAAUACCACAAACAGAUGAUUCCGGCUAAUUACCCACCGGCUACGUCCGCAUCUGACCCAAAGAACUACAAUGGUUUCUGGACUCCUGGAUGGUGCUGAUAUAACAUUUAGUUAUUUUACGUAUUGUUGUCUAAGAUAUUAUUGCUUUAAAAUGUAAUAUAACUGGUACUGUUUGGUUUCUUUCGAUGACGCUUACAUAUUAUAAUUUGCCCUUAAGCAGUAAAGUAAAAAAAAUAAAAUACAUGAGAAAAGAAGGGAGAAACAUCUCCCUUACGACACCACUAAAUGGCUUAAGGGCAAAUCUUCUUUAUGGUUGUAAUAUCUUCGUAUAGAACGUAAAUAAUGUAUUUUUAUCAUUUUAUAUUCCGGCGUUUAAUGCACAUGAUCUUCACCGUAGAUAGUAGUGUGCUUUAUGUUUUAUAUUUAUUUCAAAAGGUGUUUGGAUGUUUACGUUUUUGAAAAUUGUAUGAUUGUUUUCUUUCUGAUAUUCGUCUAUAAACGUUGCUUACAUGACCAGUAUCAGCAGUGUUCGUUCGUUCACAAUUUUUCUUUUUGAACAUAUUUGUUGUGACAUCGCCUCAAUUUAUCUUAAUUUUAUCAUUUUGAAGACUUGACUUUACCCAGAUUUUCAUGGCGGAUGUUGUUGAUAAAGACGGUAACAUUUCCGAAACACCUGGUCUUAUUCUUUAUGUAGUUUUAAAAUGUUUCCAUAUAAAUCCGUACUUGGUUCGUCUCUUUUCCUCGCUUUAGAGUAAUAAUGACGGUUUCGUAUGGAUUUCUGAUUCCUUUUUGCUCUCCGUGACUGACAGUUAAGAAAUAAUCCCUCUCUUCCAUUUUGUAUUGGCGUAGUUUCAAUAUAUCAUAGAUACUUUAAUUGGAAAUAUGAUUUCCAUAUUGAUCAUAUGAACAGUACAACUUCUUAACGCAAUAGUUUUCAGCGGAAACACAAUGUUUAUUUAUUUCUCGAGUUUCUAUGGUAAAUUCUUAUUGUAGAUUACAAAACUUACCAACCGUUUAGUAUCAAUGUUUACCCCGACAAGAACCCCGAAUCUGUGUUUUUCUCUGGGAAGAAAUAUUUAUAGUCUAAAAUAAAAUUGAUCUAAAAAUCCGC